AUGAGUCUCGAUGUUGGAGAUGAAGUAAAUUGUACUUCAUCACCUGAAAUUGAGGUGUCUAGCAAUGCAUCCGCAUUUGCAGUCUUUGCAUGUGUCAGAGGCGCUGUUUUGGAAAAGCAUGCAAAGUCCAUCAAUGCAGCUUACAGAGCGUCAAAUUGUAGUUCGCCACCGCCUCCAGAAUUCAGUGAUAGCGUCAUUUCUGAAAGUGACGAAGAAGAUAGAAUAUCAACAACGCAAAAUUUACCAAAGAUUGUUGGAAUAGGUUUAAGAAGUGUAUUUACUUUAAUGAAAGAAAGUCGAUCGAUUGAUCAAACGUUGUGUACAAAAGUUUUGGGUGCAUUGUUGGAUGUAUUACAAGGACAACUGCCGGAAGGCUUGAAAAGCGAACCAGAUGAAGUUAUUGAUCCAUUGUUUGAUCUUCUGCUUGAUCUUGCUACCUUGCAUGGUCCUGAGUCAACAGCAAUCAAUGAUGGAAGUCACUUGACAGCGGUAGCUUGUGCUUGUUUGCUUAGUUUAGUUGUUGUUCGUGGAGAUACUGGAAAAAUUCUCGCAACUGUUGCAGCCUUACUAAUGAGUCCCAAGGCAUUUGCAUCGCAAAAUAUUCAGUUGCCAGUUGUUCUUACUUCACUUCAAAGAAGUGUACAGGCUGUUUUGCUUGGCAAACUUACACGGCCAGACUGGAUAACUCACGGUGUUCCUAAAAGUUCUAAGAUUUACAAUUCUACUCUUCAGUUACCAAAUGAAAUAAAUAAUUUAGUUUUGAGUGGUCGAAGUUUCGUCAGCGAUGGAAAGUAUUUAUAUUUGCAUACUAAUUGUGGAUUAUUUAAAAUUGGCAAUGGACACGGUGGUACGAUAUGGGGUCACGUUUAUGCAAACAAAUCGGAUUUUUAUCCAUCCGAAACUGGAUGGAUCGGUUAUGCAAAUGGUUCCUUAUAUUUUAAAUACUCGCCCAAACAGCAAUGUGAAUUAAUGAUCCUAGAUGCCGAUACAUUGUCAAUAAAAGGCAUUGCUGUUUUAGAGGGAAAAGAUUGGUCGUCUUCGCUUAUGUUUUCCGAUGGAGAAAGUUUAGGAAUGAUUACAGCUGGUAAAGAUGAGGGUUUUGUUGUUCGUACCAUAAAUACUCUGAGCAAUCCAGUAACGAUAACGUCGGAGCUCCCUUUAAAAUUGGCCCGAAAACGCGUUGAUGUAUUUGGAUAUGCAUCGUUUGACGAAGAUCAAAUGACUUACAUUCUAAAUCCUCGCAGUGACGACGAAAUAGCGUAUGUGGCUGCUGGCAAAGAAUUCAUGUUAUUAAAAACUGUGUUUGGUAAAUUGAUGUACACAGGCAAGGGUAGGUGUAUAGGAAUGAGGAACAAUAUAAGGUCAAAUAAAUGGCUGGAAGUAUCAGUGGGUAAAAAGUGUAAAGUGAUAAAUUUUGCCAUUGGCCACGAGGGUCAGCAUGUCAUUUUAAUCCUCGACGAUGGAUCAGUACUGUUUGCCGGUAUUGCUAGACGUGGCGAGGACGGCGAGAGCAAUAAAGUUCGUGUCCAACCAAAACCAAGUAAACCAAAGAAAAUACAAAAAGUGGAGGGUCAUUUCAUCGUGAAUGCCGCUUGCAAUAAUGGCUCGUCUGCACUAGUGACGCAGGAAGGAUCACUUUUAAUGUUUGGCAAAGAUACUUUGUACAGUGACGAAGUGACUGGAUUAGUGCCGGAUUUAAAAUCUGUGUUUGUUGUUAAUGUAUCGUUGGGAAAAGCCCACGCUGCUGUCUUAACGAACAAGGGACAUCUGUAUACUUUUGGCAUUAAUAACAGAGGGCAAUGUGGCAGAGACUUUGCAUACUCACAUUGCGCAAACCGAGAGACAAACGUGACAGCCAUGGAAACUGGUGUCGCCGAAGAAGAUGCCCACGGCACUGAGGAUGAAGGUGGAGGAGACGACGAUUGGGAUUAUACCAAAGAAAUGAGGAUAGAUGGUAUGUGUCCCCCUGGCCAGCACAAAUGGGGAAUCAUCGAUCAGUGCAUGAUUUGUACUGUUUGCCACGAAUGUACGGGCUACAAAAUACCGUGUGUCACCAAAGAAAAACCUUCCAAAAAUCCUGGACAGGAAUGCGGCUGUGGCAAAGGCGAUGGCGGCUGUGCAGAAUGCGGCUGUUGUCGAAUGUGUGCUCGAGAAAAUUGUGAUGACGAAGAUGAGAUGGCCUUACCCCAACCACCUGCAGCUUGCGAUAAUUCACAAAUGUCCGAUUUUGUAUUUCGUGAUUAUCUGAAAAAGCGCUUAGAAGAUAAAAAAGUGAAGCAUUUCAAGUGGUCGAGUGAUCAAUGCAAUGCGUCUGAUCCGCUAGUGGUGGUUCACAAAUCUAUGGUCGCUAAAUCAGCCGCUGGUCCUGGUGCUAGUCACAUUAACGAGGAAAAAGAAAGUGGUGACGGUAGCGACGUAGAGCGUGGCGACAUGACGCGCGUCGCAAGCAUACCACCAGCACGUGUUUAUCUGCCUACCGAAAGUCCGGUGGUCCAAGUCCACUGUGGUUUACACCACACGGUUGCUCUACUGCAAAAUGGCGACGUUUAUACUUUUGGCAGUAAUAUUUAUGGCCAGCUGGGAGUUGGCAAUUUAAUUGCGCAUUCGGGACCCGUUAAAGUUAAAAUUCCCGGUGUAGCUACCCAAGUCGCUGCUGGGAGCAACCACACGGUCGUACUCACGUCCAAGGGUGAAGUUUAUACCUUUGGUGCUUAUCAAAAAGGUGAGCUUCGCCAACUGGGUAUAAACUGGUGGAAUGACCAACAGAUGCAAAAGGCAGGUGGUACGUCUUCCAGCAACCGAGACGGCGAACGAUCGCAACCCUGGCACAGUUUUCCAAACAUCGUGCCGAAUAUCGGUUCACGCUUAGGUAGAAAAGCCACGUGGAUCGGCGCCUCGGGUGAUCAGACCUACGUUAAGGUCGACGAAAUUAACAGCAUCAGCUUGACCCGUAGCACCGUGAUGGCCAACAAGAACUGCAUUCUUUUGUUACCUCAACAAACCGAGCAUCGAAAUUCAUUCAAGUGUCUUGUGAUAAACAAACGUGACGGUACGUGCAACAGUUUCAACAACGCCGACCAAGUGGAUUUUAAUCAGUGUGCCGUUUGCCUGGACCCGCUGUACAAUGUCAUUUGGUCCUUCAAACCGUCGAAUAACGAGAUCUCGUGUUACAACGUGAUAUCAACGGAAGCUCGAACUAUACCGAAUCUUGAAGUGUCGAUCGUGAGUCCAGGUCUUUCGUUGCCGGUCGUCUGUAACUGCUUUGUCACACGAUCGCAAGCCGCGAUGCAUUUGCUCGCUGGCUUGGAUACCUUGACGCAAGCUCAGGAUGAAAAGUUAGCUGUCGUGGAGGGCGUUGAAAACAACCAAACGACUCAAGGCAAAGUUUACAGCAGAGAAGACUUCUCCAUCGUCUCGAGGUUUGACAAUCAUGGAGGUGGCUGGGGAUAUUCUGGGCAAUCUGUGGAGGCCAUUAGAUUCAUGGCCGACACUGACAUUCUUCUCGGUGGUUACGGAUUGUUUGGUGGUCGUGGCGAGUACACGGCCAAAAUCAAGCUCUUCGACAUUGGGAUCGAGGGUGGCGAGGAAGAGACUGAUGGCGAACUGCUUGCCGAGACCGACGAGAUUCCGUACGAGUGCGAGCCCAGGCAAAAGUACUCGAUCCUGUUUAACGAGCCCGUGCCCCUUCAGGCGAAUCGUUGGUACGUCGCGUGGGCAAAAGUCAGUGGACCCUCUAGCGACUGUGGCUCCGGUGGUCAGGAAACCAUGACUGCGGAAGAUCAGAUCAUGUUUUACUUUAAGACGUCCAAGGAGGCUAACAACGGGACGGACGUGAAUGCUGGCCAGAUUCCACAUCUGCUGUACAGAAUUAUAACUCCCGAGAAUCAAAAUUAUAGUCGCAAAAGGGAUCAAAUCGAGCCUGUAUACGUUUUAAAGAGAGAAUUCAGUAGGACAGUUACCGAAGAGUGCUUCCAAUCCCUCAUAUCGCUGUUACAGUGGAGCUGGAACACACUCAAGGCCAAUCUGGCUGAUACGAAUUUUUACUCGCCAACGUCGCCAUUGCACACCAUGGCCGAGAUAGAUAGGCUGUUUUACGUUUGUAAGGUCACCUUGAAACUAUUGAGGAGGUACAUUAACGAAAUCUAUCCCAAUCAGACGAGUAAGAAGACGCCACCAGAAACCGUGAGGCUUGCGGAAUGCAUCGGCGAAGUGAGAGCACUGCUCAGGCAAAUUUUGUCAGAUUCUGUGACCAUGACCCCUAAAAUCAAAGGCAAAGCGUGGACCAACAAGAGCAUGACAGUCCUGGGAAACAAGAGAGUAAACGCAAUUCUGGACGAGUGCUACAAGACCUUCAUUUCGUGCUACCACGCCUUCUACCCGACGGCCUAUCUCAAGUGGACAUCUCUUUGCGAGUUGUUAUCCGAAGUCGACAAGGAGCAGGGCAUCACCUCGAAGGACCGGCUUCUGUCCGCCGUGCUAGCGUCCCUCUGCAGUCCUACUGUGCGUCUGCGUUCUACCAUUCCUGUACUGAGCAACGCAAUGGACUGCAGUGAUCAUGUCAAGAGACAACUGAGCCCCUCGGAUAAUGCCGGACUGCCAAUGAUGAACUCGACCGAGAGUCACAAUUACCCGAUUCUGGUGGAGCAGAUUAGUUACAAGUCGCAAGUGGAGAGUACUGGCAAAGAAAUUUUAAACUGGUCCUUUCGUGAAGUUUUGGAUAGUCUGUUGGAUUUGAUACUCAUACCCGUAAAAAGGAGUCUGUGCAAAGAAGAGACUCAAACGCUGCCACACCUGGUAGUACACUGUUGUUACCUCUUGGCUCGUGUCAUAUCCGAGCUUGCAUCUUUUUCAAGCGGGACUGAAGACGAGAUGCAAGCAGCCUUUUACCGGAUCAUGUAUACGACGCCCUCGAGGUUCACUCGUAUUAAUCAAACGAGGUGCUGGAACACUGGAAACGGCUCGCCAGAUGCCAUUUGUUUUUCAGUCGAUAGGCCUGGUAUUCUUAUCGCCGGUGUUGGGAUUUACGGAGGGGUCGGUGUCUACGAUUACGAACUAGAAUUGCUAGAUGACCGCAACGAUGGUGGGAACGAUCCCUCGCACACGCAACGCUGGACUAGUCUGGAUUUCACGAGAGGCUCUUUUGGACCAGACGAGUGCAUAAAUGAUAUUGUAGAGAUUAAGUUUGAUAAGCCUGUUCCUAUCAAAGAGAGAGUAAAAUACGCUAUAAGACUGCGAAACCGAGGAGGUAGAACAAGCAACGGUGACGGUGGCUUGCGUGUGAUAAAAGGCCCGGACGGCACGUCGUUCACUUUUUCCGCUUGCUCGUUAAGUUUUAACGGCACUACACAAGCUAGAGGUCAAAUUCCACAUAUCCUUUAUUACUCGAAUCCGCAAGACACAGACGAGCAUCACACGAGCAAAGCCAUUGCCGAGGCUCAAGCAAAAAAGUGUACCUUGUCAAUGACUGCCACCAUUAUUCAGCGUUCGAAUGAUAUUUUAGCAUUAGCGAGGGAAAAAGCCGAGGAAAUCGACGUCAUUGAAAUCCUCGGUAAUUCGGCGUUUGUCACCACACUCUUGCCUUUGACCAUGGCGUACAUGAUUCCUAUGGCAACGUCGGAUCCUCGAAGCGGCGUCCAGGUAUUAACGUUGAUCCAAGAGAUGCUGCCGCACGUCACCGCUCUGAAUCUUAACGCAGCCACAAGACACUCGCAAUUGUCGUUGCCCCAGCAAGACAACGACUCGGCGUUACAGCAAACAGCCAUACAUUCCGUGCCUCCGGUAACCACGACUAGUCAUUAUUAUACGUGGUUGGAGAGCGAGCAUCCCUACAAGCCAGCGACUGUGUCGCAUUACAGAGUUACCUUUCCCGAGUCUGUCAAGUGGCUGACAAUUGAAUUCACUCCCGAGUGCGGCACAGCUCAGCCAGAGGAUUAUUUACAAUUGUACAUUCCUAACGCCGAGACUAGUCUUUCCAAAUGCUUGGAAAAAAACAGUGUUGAGGAAAGCCCAACCUAUUGGCCAGUACUCCACAAAUUCAGUAACGUGCAGAGUCAGUGGCCCCAGAAAGCCGUAGUAUUACCUGGCAACGAGGUAAUAUUUUCCCUGGAAACAGCGUCAGACUACAUGAAAGACGAACGAUCGAUAACUUACGGCUUCAAGUGCCUAAUAAUCGGCCACGACUGGAUCACGACGAACUCUGGAUUAAAAAACCUCGAGAUCGAGUUGUCGUUUCUCGGGGGCUCUUGCGCGGCUAGUCUCAUGAAAAACAAUCUUCCCCUGCCGUUGCUGCCAAGUGAGUAAAAAUCAAUACAAGACUCGGAGCUUGCGCAGGAAACAGCCAAGCGGCUGUACUCGUCGCACGUGUCGCUGCUCGGACGCGGCUUCGCCCUCGCCUCGCCGCCGACCGUCGCCCAGGCCCUCGAUGGCGUUCUCCCGUUCAGGUAA